CUUUUUGCUGUUCUUUUUGAAUCGAUAUCUACGACCUACUGGCCAACCAUGGUGCAUUUCAGGACUGACAUCGCCGCUGUGAAUCCCCAUGCGGAUCCGGGGAACGACACAUACGCGAAGAACCUCGAGACGGAUGUAUUGAUUGUGGGAGCUGGGUUCGGUGGCAUCUAUCUUAUGCACAAGCUGAGACAACUAGGCUUCAAGUGCAAGAUAUAUGAAGCUGGAAAGGAACUUGGAGGCAUUUGGCACUGGAAUUGUUACCCUGGUGCUCGCGUGGACACCCAAGUGCCAAUCUACGAAUACUCUCUUCCUGAAGUCUGGAAGGACUGGACUUGGUCGGAACGUUAUCCAGGCUUUGCGGAGCUUCGUAAAUACUUUGAGCAUGUCGACAAUGUUUUAGACAUCAAGAAGGAUGUAGCGUUCGAUACCAGGGUUGUCGGUGCCCAAUACGACAAGCCUUCUUCGAGAUGGGUCAUUGAAACAGAGGAUGGACGUUCAGCAAAAGCAAAGUACCUCCUCCUAGCAACCGGCUUUGCCGCUAAGCGACACUUCCCCGAUUGGAUGGGCAUGGACAAGUUCCAGGGUGAAAUUCAUCAUUCAUCAUUCUGGCCAGAUGCCGGCGUCGAUGUAAAGGGAAAACGCGUCGCUGUGGUUGGGACCGGCUCGACGGGUGUACAGAUUGCACAAGAAACCGCAAAGACGGCCGCAUCCGUCACAGUGUUCCAGAGGACCCCUAAUCUAGCACUUCCCAUGCAGCAAAAGCCGAUCACGAAGGAGGAACAGCAACAGAGAAAAUCCAAAUAUCCUGAAAUCUACAAAAACCGGAUGACUACCUUUGCCGGCUUCCAAUACGACUUCGUCGAGAAGAAUACAUUCGAUGACAGCCCGGAAGAGCGCGAGAAGUUCUACCAGGAACGAUUUGACAAUGGUGGUUUCGAGUUCUGGCUUGCGAAUUAUAAGGACCUGCUUUUCGAUAAAGAGGCCAACAGGCAAGCGUAUGAUUUUUGGGCAAAGAAAACCCGGGCCAGGAUAUCGGAUCCUAGGAAGAGGGACAUUCUCGCACCCGUCGAGCCACCUCAUGCCUUUGGAACGAAAAGACCAUCUCUUGAACAGAAUUACUAUGAAAUGCUCGACAAACCCGAAAAUGAUGUAGUUGACAUAAAGAAGACACCCAUCGUCGAAGUCACUGAAACCGGUAUCAAGACUGAAGACGGCAAGCUUCGAGAGUUCGAUGUGAUUGCUUUGGCGACUGGCUUCGAUUCUGUUACAGGAGGCAUGAAGAAUAUGGGCCUCAAAGAUGUCGACGGUGUACCACUGUCGGAAAAGUGGAAGAUGGGUACCUGGUCGUAUUUGGGCAUGACAUGCUCUGGUUUCCCGAACAUGUUCUUCUUAUAUGGCGCACAAGGACCUACAGCGUUCAGCAAUGGUCCAAGCUGCGUAGAAUGCCAGGGAGAUUGGAUUGUGGAUGCAAUGAAGAAGCUCAAAGACGAGGAUAUCAAGUACAUGGACGCAACCAAGGAAGCUGAAGAGCAAUGGCGACAGAGAGUGACAGAGCUUUCGGACAAGACGCUUUUCCCUGGCACGUCGUCUUGGUACAUGGGAGCUAAUAUUCCUGGAAAGCCAAGAGAACAGCUGAACUUUGCUGGAGGUAUCCCAUUGUACGAGAAAGAAUGCCGUGAGGCUUUAGAUAACGGAUUUGAAGGUUUCGUUACAGCGUAAACCACUAUGUCGAGGACCUCAUGAUGUAGAUUUUUU